AUGUCCAGCAGCUCAACCCCUGCAAACUUGCCCUUCCGGCAGGCACAAAGAAGGGCAGAGCCUUUACUGCAGUUACCCAUGAACACUGAGAGCCAGCCGUUCAGCAUCGUGUCCUCCAGCACAGCCUCCAGAACCAGUAUGUUCACUGGCACUCCCUUAUCUCCACAUUCCAGGCCCCUUCUACCCUAUCUUGCUAAUGAGUGCUGGGAGAAAAAAGCAAACCAGCCCAUCUGCUGUAAAUGGAAGAAAGCAGCGCCUCCGCGCGAGCCUCCGCCUGCCCGCCGAGGGGCACGGCCGCCCCGAACCCGAGGAUCCCCGGCUGCCGCAGUGCCCGCCGCCGGCUCCGCGCAUCCCGGCGCAGUGCUCCCACCUCCGGGCACGGCUCCCGCUAGUCAGGGCAGCUGUGAAGCGCUGCGGAGGGCGGCAGCAAGAGCAGCAUUUGUUUCCAGAGGGUCUUUCCUGCUUUUUGACGAGUCAGACACGCCGGAGCUUGCCUUUUGUCCCGUGGCAACGUCCUUCAGAGUGCGAGCCAGAUGCUUCGGUAAACUGCCUUUUUGGGAAACUCCACAAGAUAUACACGCAUCUUCUUGGGGAUCCAGAACACUGUACAGCACCCUGAGACUGUGGCUGGCAAAACUCCUUCCCAGGAGGAGUGGUGCAGCACUGGGACACGGGGAGCAGGGAGGCCUCAAGGCUCAGCCAGACCAAGUCAUGGCCACCCAGGCCUCUGACUGGAUGGCCCCACUUACCAGCACUGCUGGGGACCUGUAGCUGCAGUCAUGGGCACUUUAUAAAAGCUACUUCCCUCA